UUUUCGAUUUUUAUCAGUUGUCACGGCUUUGUAAAAGUUGUACAAUACAUAUUACUUUCGUCAUGAGUAAUACAGACAGAAAAUCUGUUAUCAUCAACGAAACGUCAAAGUUGGUGAAUGACUUUGCAUCACUCUAUCUGAGCGAAAAACUGUCUGAUAUCACUUUAAUUGUGGAUAGUAAAAGGAUCUUUGCACACAAGGUUAUUCUCGCAGCAAGAAGUUCCUACUUUGAGAACCUCCUUUACGAAGAUGGACAAGAAAUAGAACAGACAGAACUUACAAUCUCCCUAAAUACUUCAGCCGACUCCUUCCUGGACGUUCUAAAAUUUCUUUACACAGGUACUAUUACUAUAACCCCUUCAAACUUGGACCCGACUCUGGAUCUGAUUGGUUUAGCCCACGAAUGCACGCUAACAGACCUGGAAGUCGCCAUAGGACAGAAACUGAAGCCUCUACUUAAUCACAAAAACAUUUGUUCCGUUUUGAACACAGCAAAUUUAUACAACUUAGCCGAACUUCGGGACGCUUGUCACCUCUUCAUGGACCAAAAUGCUUCAGAAAUGCUCAACAAUGAUUGUUUCAAGAAACUAAGUCAAAACUCCUUGAUUAAAUUGUUAGAAAGAGACACGUUUUUUGCUCCAGAAAUUAAGAUUUUUGAAAGCGUAGCCCAGUGGUGUGAUGUUAAUGACCAUGCUGCUGAUUUAGUUGUGAAAUGUGUUCGGUUAUCUUGGUUGAGUGUUGUAGAAAUCGUGUCUAGAGUUUGGCCUUCAAAGCUUGUCGCUUGUGAAGAUUUGCUUCAAGCUAUUUCAGAAAUUGUAGAUGUAAAACCCAAAGAAUCGACUUGUAGAGCAAAACUAUUACUGGACGUUAAUGUUGCUACUCCUGAACAUAAAGCUACUGUUAUUACCGGCGCACGAAUUGACCAUUUAUUAAAUGGCAAUCGAAACGUGAACAACUGGACACAAACAACAAAUGGUGAUAAAACUGGAUUGACUAUUAAAUUUGGAUUUCCGUUUGUUAUUAAUCACAUUCGUAUGUGUUUAUAUGAUGGAGAUUUAAGAAUUUUCCGGUAUUAUGUGGAAGUUUCACUCGACCAAAAGACGUGGAAAAAAGUUAUCGAUUAUAGCGAACUUGCGUGUCGAUCUUAUCAGCAUUUAUAUUUUGAAAGAGAAAUUGUACAAUAUGUGAGAGUAGUUGGUACUUACAGUUCACUAAAUGAGUACUUUCACUUGAUAUUCUUCGAAGCCUAUUACAAGGAAAACGUACCCAGAGUAGUAAAUGGCAUCGUGUACCCCACUUCAAACGUUGCUUCUGCGGAAAAGAAAGCAGCUGUCGUUGAAGGAACGAAUGGACCUGCAUUACUCGACGGAGUUACUACCAACUAUGGUAGUUACACGUACCACGCAAUUGGUGCUGGAAGUAUCACCGUACAGUUAGCUCAACCCUUCUUAGUCUCAAGUAUGAAGCUUAAAUUGUGGGACCAAGAUGACAGGUUUUACAAAUAUUAUGUUGAAACUUCAGUAAAUAAAACCGAAUGGACAAUCGUCGCAGAUUACAGAAACGAAGAAAAUAAAUCUUGGCAAGUCUUACGUUUCUCUGAAAGACCUGUAGUUUUCAUCAGAAUAACUGGAACUGGAGCUUCUCCAGUUGCUGGAAACCAUUUGCAUUUACUAUACUUGGAAUGUCCCACCAGUGACGAAAAGAAAACGUAUAAAUAAUAUUUUCAGAUUCAUUUCAAGAAUACGAACUUCAGACGCAACGCCUAUUUCUAAAUAUUGACUUCUUAAACAUAAUAAAUAAAUAAAUAUAAACAUUAAUAAAAA